AUGGAGAGUCACGGUCGUGGCGCGGUUGACGGAAGGCAGCUGCUGCUGCUUGCUGCGUCUACCUCGUUCACGUUUCUCGUCGUCACCGCGUCGAUCGCCAGCGAUCAGCCAAGUACGGAAGCAACGGAUCGGUCACCCCAUCCCCAUCCCCUCCUCAUCCCGCCAAUUCCCCCAUUUUCCCCUCGAUCCUCCCAUUUCUUCCCCCCUUUCCGCGCACCCGCCGUCCCCCCGUCCCUGGUCGCACCAGGUGCCAGGAGACAGCAGGCGGAGCAGCCGAAUCUGGUGGGCAGGGUGGAGGAGUUCGAAGGCGAGCUGGGAUAUCACGUGAAAGUCAAAUUCAGAUCUCAUCCCGAGCGCAUGAGGUUGCCCAUCCGCCCCCUGGGAUUCCCCCUGGACACGGCCCUGCUGCCCAACAUCAUGAUGGGCUAUUAUGACCGCUUGCAAGCGCCAAACCCCAAAUCCUUCGACCCGUUCAGGCACCUGGCCAGGCACGCCAGCGCCUCAGGUGGUCCCUCAGGUGGCCCCUCAGGUGCCUCCAGCGACUCAAGCUCUCUCGUGAAACUGGCCUGCCACGGACCCUCCUGCCCCUCAUUCGGACCCUGCUCAGGUGAAUUCCCAAAUAUUCAGGCAUGCUGGAACGAACACCUGGUGGAUGAGGCAGAAAAAGACAUACCCCCGCCAGUCAACUGCCCCCUCAAGAGUCGACCAGAGGGAGCAGCAGCAGCAAAGGGAGGGAAGGCGAGAGGAGUGGUGGAUUAUAACGGGACGUGCUCGCACAGGCAGGACUUCACCCCGCAUGAGGCGUCGGUGCUGCAGCUGUUCCGGGUGGAGGGCGCGUAUGUGACGUUCGAUGGGCUGGUGGUGAAUCGCUCGCACGCGCUUGUCAAGAACGGGUGCCGCCGCUGGUGGCGCAAGGCCAACUACGGCCCAGAGCACAGGGUGCAGCACCUCUCAGGAGCGGCGUUCAACUGGGCGACCGUGCCCGCAGCCAACUUCUACCACUUCAUGAUCGAACUCCUCCCGCUCUUCCUCGUCGCCCUGCCGCUCAUGCCCUCGCCUCUCCGGGACGUCCCGUGGCUCAUACGCGAGGGUCAGUGGCCGCUGUACGAGCAGUUGGGUGCGCCCAUCAUCGGCAUCGAACCAAGCGCCAUCCGCUUGCUGCCCAUGGUGGAACCCGACCUCUUCCAUGCAGACGUGCUCUUCCAGCCCAUGUUCCAGGACUGCGACCACCCCAGUCGUCCCCUCUGGCGUCUGCUGCGUCGUCACCACCUGCUGCACCCCACAGGCCUCCCUCUCUUCAACCCUGACUGGACCUACCGCGCCCAACCGCCCCUCACUGCACUCCAAGCGCGGGAACUCCCCGGUAAUUGGGUGAUUCUGCUGGCCAAGCGGCCAAAGGGGAAGCGGCGCGCUCUAGUCAAUUAUGAGGAGGUGGAAGCAGAGGUGAUGCGGAUUUUUGGGCGUGAGAGGGUGGUCAUAUUCGAAGGCUCUCUCCCCGUUCUCGAAGCCCGUGCACUCUUCAGGCGCACGCGCCUAUUCAUAGCAAGCCAUGGGGCUUCCCUCACCAACAUGAUCUUCAUGCCGGAAGGAGCAACAGUGCUUGAAAUGCGUCCAGACAAGUGUCCAGUGACAGUAUUCCACCUGCUCGCCAACGCCUGCUCUCUCUCCUACCACGUUGUGUUUGGUCAAGGGAAUUGGUCAUCUGAAUCCGUAGCUAAUGUGCCUAGAGUAGCGCGUGCACUAGAAGAUAUUCGGACAAUGUUCCUGGAAGAGGAUAGAAGACUUGGGUAA